UCUUUCGACUAGCUCCGAUCAGACGUCCCCUACUGUCUGACAAAUCUAUGUCGAUCCCAAGUUUUCGAUAGUUUCAGCGGAUCGAUCCAUCAAUUCGAUAGAAUCAUCUCGACAUUUCCAUAUAUAAAAUUGCAAUAUCGAUCCCUCGUCUUUCUUCGAUCGCCCUAGGGAUAAAAAGAUGAGUUCUGAACUUCUGAUACACAACAUUUAUACGGAGUACAUGAUAAAAAGGCUAUUUCUGUGAGGUUACACCACGAUUUGGACGCACAGGUACAUGACAAGCUCUUAGAGUUCAUCGACAAGCCCUAUGCUCGAGGGACGAGUAGGUAGCGUCUCGAGAGACCACGGAUCUUCGAAAGUUUCUCGAUGCGAGGCGGACAUGUAUUGCGGGUUCUUUUGUAUGCAUAGUAAGCUUGUACCGAUACGAUCAUGUCCAAGAGACCCGUGGACAUUAUUUUCCUGAGUCACUUGAUGACUUUAUUUUUCCUCUUUCUUUUUUUAAAUGGAGAUUGAUUGUUUUUCGGGCAUUUCCUUUUUGUUUGGCUCUGUUUGGGUCGGAGAAUUAAUUUUUUUUGGCAAGAACGAGAGGAUACCUUAGGACGUUAGGUUUAAGAAAAGAGGAGUUGGAUAAGGGUGCGCAACCAAUGGUUGUAGCUCCCAUGAAUUGUCUUCGUUUGGCCAUCAAAUUAAGGACCAGUAGAUGGCCGAACCCUGGGGAUCUUGGGAUUGUUGAAAGGGGAAAAGGAGAUAAGGUUGGUUUAAACUUUGGGUCGGUAUUUCAAGUUGGAUUAUCGGGACUGACAUUGUUCCCGAAAACCGCUCUCUCCAAACCUAGGAGAUUUCGAUCUUCUGCUGAUGCAUGCCUCUCUCGUUCCCAAGACGGUUGGGCACUGUAAAACUUUAGGAGGUUGUCUGGUUGAUUAUAGUUGAAAGUUUAAUAUAUUAGGAGUGAUUCUUUGGGGCAUUCUGGUUACCAGUUGUGCUCACAACCUUGAACCUUCAGUGGAGACAUGUUCACUUCUCCGUAAUGGUGAGCGACUUGGCCCCGAGUGAAGGGGAUUUUCCGGCAACGAUUCUGAGUAUUGAGGAAACCGAAUGCCGACAUGUAACUGGUGUGCUGUUCACUGAUGGAUGUUGCUGCCUGCUAGCCUAGAAAGCAAAAGUCAAGUCUCUGAUCUGGGGUAGGUGGUAGGUGGUAGGUGGUAGGUGGUAGGCACAGUCUACGCUACAGACUAGGUAGGCGUAAAGGAGACAGGGGAUGGUGAUGCUUACAUGAUAUGUGGUUUGU